CCCAUGUGAGACGGGAAUCUUUUCUUCUUCCGCCAGGGCCCAAUCGCCUUUGAGGACGUGGCUGUGGAUUUCUCCCUGGAGGAGUGGGUUCUCCUGAAUCCGGACCAGAAAGCCUUGCACAAGCAGGUCAUGGAGGAGAUGAAUGGGAUUGUGGACUCUCUUGGUAAGGCUCCCUCACUGAUGGGGAUUUCUGUUUCAAAAGGCAGUAUUAUCCUAAAUCAUCACAGUCACUGAGGGUCUGUAAGGCAGGGCUUAUGUUAGAAAUAUAUGACAUAAGAGUAACAACAACAACAAUAAUAAUAUAACAUUAGUGCCAAUUCAGACUCAAGUGGGAAGAUUACCAUAACUGGAGUCAAAGCAUAUUCCCCCUCUCUCAAAUAUAUUACAUAUUACUGUAUUUUAUAUUGUACAUUAUAUACACUAUAUAUAUGUAAUAAAUAUUAUAUUAUUAGCAUAGCAUGUUACUAGGGGGAAGGCCCCAGAGCAUCAGUUGGGCCUCCAACUGAUGGCACAGUAGACAAGAUGGAACUGUCUUCCUGGUUCCCCCUCUCUCCUAACGUUUCGCCCGUAUUUAUGGCAGGUAUCCUGAGAGGUGGGAGGUAUAUUGGAAACUAGGCUAGUGAGGUUUAUAGAUCUGUUUUUCCCAUAUACCUGACAACCUCUGAGGAUGCCUGCCAUAGAUGCAGGCAAACAUCAGGAGAGAAUACUUCUGAAACAUAGCCAUACAGCCCAGAAAACAUGGCCAUACAGCCCAGUGUUUACAAAAAACACUAACUACAUUUCUUAAUAGUCAAUGACUGGGUCUGAGCUACUCUCUGUUUCCAUCUCUUCUCGGAUUUAAAAGGGAGGGAAAAAUUCCAAGCCCUACAUCUCUCCUGAGACACAAGCAGAGAGAGGUCUCAAUGCACACAGCACACACGGAGAUAUAAAAGUCAGAAAUCUUGCACUAUUCUACAAAACUAAUCAGAAUGAGAGAAAGAGAGAAAGAAACAGAGAAAGAACAAAUAGAUACAUCCCAACUGUCAAUCAGGAGACAAGGGGGAGGGAUUCCCCCAGCCUGUUCUGAAACUAGCUCCCUGUUUCUCAUUGGGGACUGCAGACUUGAGCAGCGUGGGGUUGAAUCACAACAGAUGGAUCAGCAGCUCUUUCCUCUGGUCCAGUCUUGUCCUUCCUCCCAAACUGGGAUGGUGUGGAGGCCGUCUCUUCUCUCUCACGUGGGAUGUUACGUGGAUGCCACUCUAUCUGGCCAAGUCCUACAGACAUCCCUUUUUUGUUCCCUUUUCUGCCUUCAUCAUUGUUCUCCACCUUUUCUUUACUGUCACGGUUUUGCACGUUCACAGCUUUGUCAGGCAAAUCUAUCCCUUUGGAACUCAUAUUUACAGCCAACUUCCAUAAAGUGUAAGAGUCCCAUUUGGCAGUUGAUGGGAGAAGUGUAUCUGUAUUGUCAUGGGGCCAAUUCCCAGAGCUGAGUCUGCAAGCUCUGGAAUUGGAGCCAUAACAACAAGCACUCCUCGAUAGCUCAUGCAGACACCUGGCACCGGAGCAUGGGAACUUUUGGAGUGAGAAUCAAAACAGCUUUAAUGAAUAGUUGGUGUUGUAGUGGUAGUAAUGUGAUAUGUGGGGUGGGGUUUGGUGAUGAUAUUUACGUGUGGUGUGACGUUGUAGCAAAGGUGAUAAAAAUGAUUGUGUGUAAACAUUAUGUCAUUCUCGACUUUUCCAAAGUCGUGUGUUCUUCAAUAAAGAUUGGUUUUGAUAACAGCUACCUUUGGUCUGUGUUCAUGCUGGUCGUUUGAAGUAAGCGUGACAUGUAUCAUCCGGCGCAGUCUGUCUCCCACCGGGAUCCACGGCUGUUUCUCUCGGCAGCAACAUACAGUGGGUCUCUCUGUGCACCAGACACCUGCCAGGAGGGCCACUGAUCUGUGCAUGUGCUUUCUUCUGCGUGAGUAUGGCGACAAAGAGAAAGAAGGUCGUUGGAUCCAUGGAGCAGAAACCUGGACAAAGGAGAGACAAGGCAGAAGGUAGCCAACAACUAUGGUGUCGAACGGGUAGCAGUAGGAGAAUGGAAAUGGAAUCGAUUGCAGAUAGAAAAAUGGUGUUCUCCAAAGUUACCGAUGGUGUGCUGAAAGAGAGGAAAACAAUGAAAAAUGUGACUAUGAAAAAGUUAUUGAAGCUUUGUAUGUUUGGUUUACGCAGCUGAGAGACAAAGGUGUGUGUAUUUCAGGGCCUAUUUUACAGCAAAAGGUAUUGCGUUUUCAAAAAGAAUUUAAUGAAGGGGAAUCAGAUUUUACAGCAAGCAUUGGCUCGACUGGUGGAAGAAACGUUAUGGAAUCCAUCAGUUAAGUGUUUGUGGUGAGAAGCUGUCAUCAAAUUUUCAAGAAAUAGAGGCAUUCAAGAAAGAAAUUCAAGGGGAAAAAAAAUUCAAGACUUUGUUGAAACUGAAAGCCUAACGGGUGAUCAGAUGUUUGAUUGUGACGAGACCAGCCUCAAUUGCAAAAUUUUACCGAGCAGGAGUCUUGCAGCCAGAACUGAAGCAGCAGCCCCUGGCUAAAAGCACAGCAAAGAAAGGCUGACAAUGUUAGCAUGCAGCAGUGCUACAGCAAACCACAAAAUGGACCUCGCAAUGAUUGGGAAGCCCAAAAAUCCAAGAGCCUUUAAAACAGUUUCAAAAAAUGCUCUUCCUGUUAAAUACUACAAUCAAAAAGGUUUGUUGAUGACCAGUGAAAUGUUCAAAAGACUAUUAUUAUUAUAAUAACUAUAUUCCAUCCUAUCUCCCCAAGGGGACUCAGGGCGGAUCACAAUACACAUACACGGCAACCAUUCAAUGCUGUUUGGAGACAGGACAGAACAGAAUAAGACAAACAGAAGGAGGUACGUAGUCUUGAAGUCCAGGUUUUUGGUGCCUUGGAGGCUGAUGUUCUGCUCAGAUUCAGUCACAGGGGUGCUGUUGCUUCAUUCUCUGUGACAAAGAGCCAUCAGAACUUCCUCCUUCCACCUUCCUCUUGGUCACCGCAUUUCUGGUCUUGUUCUUUAUGGUGUUUUAAAAUACCUCCCCCACAAUUUGCGUUACCUCAUUUCUCUAUUUACAGCUUGUAAACUGUUUUCGAACUGCUUAGGUAAACAGUGAGCUGGGUUGGAGGUCGAGCGCUCACCCCCGACCGGGCUUCAAACUGGCCACCUUUCGGUUGGUGGAUCUUAUUACUGCUGUUGAUUUACCAGUUGUGCUACAGCCCAGCCCUAAGGAAUUUGUUCCUUCCACGGAGGAAUUUUUGAAGGAAAUUUACCUGCCCAGGAAAGCGGUUUUGUUGCUAGACAAUGCCCCGACGCACCCUGAUGCAGAGGAGCUUCAAGAGGGGGACAUGAAGGCGAUGUUUCUGCCACCGAAUGUAACCGUCAUAUGCCAACCGAUGGAUCAGGGCGUUUUGGAAGAGCUCAAAAGGAACUAUUGCAGGAAGCUAUUCUCGGCAAGGAUAGAAGAAAUGGAAUAAGUUGAUCUCGCAAAGAUGGCGAGACUUGGCAGCGGAGAAAUGGCAAUCGCUGGAAAAGCAGUAGAUAACGGGGAGAAGAGCCAUGUAUGCACCAAGUACAGGAAGCAUUUGGGACACAACUGGGCCUUUCGUCGAGACCAGCAAGCCCACAGAGAAGAUGGAAGUUCUGCCAGAGAAAGGCCCGACAAAUGCAAUGUAUGUGGGCAGUGUUUUACCCAAAAUAUGGCACUUGUGCUUCACAAGACACUCGAUGUUGGGAAAAGCCAUCUUAAAGGGAAAGUAUCUGCAAAAUGUGUGGUGAAACACAAGAAAUUUCACACAGGUCAGGAACAAUACAGAUGCCAAGAGUGUGGGAAAUGUUUUGCUGAAAGUUCAGCCUUGUUGAGCCACAAAAGAGUCCACACCAGGGAGAAGCCAUACAAAUGCCAGGAGUGUGGGAAAUGUUUUGCUUUCAGUUCAGCCUUGGUGAGGCACAAAAGAGUCCACACCAGGGAGAAGCCAUACAAAUGCCAGGAGUGUGGGAAAUGUUUUGCUUUCAGUUCAGCCUUGGUGAGGCACAAAAGACUCCACACAGGAGAGAAGCCAUACCAGUGCCAAGAGUGUGGGAAAUGUUUUGCUUUCAGCUCAAACUUGGCGAGCCACAAAAGACUCCACACAGGAGAGAAGCCAUACAAAUGCCAGGAGUGUGGGAAAUGUUUUACUGCCAGUUCAGACUUGGUGAAACACAAAAGACUCCACACAGGAGAGAAGCCAUACCAAUGCCAGGAGUGUGGGAAAUGUUUUGCUGACAGUUCAAACUUGAUGAACCACAAAAGACUCCACACAGGAGAGAAGCCAUACAAAUGCCAGGAGUGUGGAAAAUGUUUUGCUGACAGUUCAAACUUGGUGAAACACAAAAGACUCCACACAGGAGAGAAGCCAUACAAAUGCCAGGAGUGUGGAAAAUGUUUUGCUGACAGUUCAGACUUGGUGAAACACAAAAGACUCCACACAGGAGAGAAGCCAUACCAAUGCCAGGAGUGUGGAAAAUGUUUUGCUGACAGUUCAGACUUGGUGAAACACAAAAGACUCCACACAGGAGAGAAGCCAUACCAAUGCCAGGAGUGUGGGAAAUGUUUUGCUGACAGUUCAGACUUGGUGAAACACAAAAGACUCCACACAGGAGAGAAGCCAUACCAAUGCCAGGAGUGUGGAAAAUGUUUUGCUGACAGUUCAGACUUGGUGAAACACAAAAGACUCCACACAGGAGAGAAGCCAUACCAAUGCCAGGAGUGUGGGAAAUGUUUUACUGCCAGUUCAGACUUGGUGAAACACAAAAGAGUCCACACAGGAGAGAAGCCAUAUAAAUGCCAUGAAUGUGGAAAAUGUUUUACUCAGAAUUCAUCCCUUGACCGGCACCAGAGAAUACAUACUGGCUAAAAAACAGCCAUUGUGGGUAAAUGUCUGAUUUCAAACAGGACCCUUUGAGAAGUUCUGCGUCAGAUUUGGUGAAGUCCCCGUUCUUGUCAUUUGAACCUGUAAGUUGGAGGUCUGUUCUCUGGAGCAGCAGAAAGAAAGCUCUGUGUGACAAUCCUUCAGAGCAGUGGUUCUCAACCUGUGGGUCCACAGAUGUUUUGGCCUUCAACUUCCAUAAAGCCUAACAGCUGGUAAACUGGCUGGGAUUUCUGGGAGUUGUAGGCCAAAACACCCGGGGACCCACAGGUUGAGGACCACUGCUUCAGUGUCAGUUCCUGGAAGGUGUAGGAGACAAAGAUAGGCUCACACAGCUUGUAGCUAUGGAAAACUUUAUUGAAUCCGCCUUGCCAAAAUGGCCGCAAAGCUUCUACUGCCCGUCUUCCGCUCUUUCCCCUCAGUAUAUUGGGUGGUUGCUUCCCUCCUCCCUUCACGUCUCUUCUUCUCCAUUCACACCUCCCUUUCCUUUUGUCCUUUCCCACGUUUGAAGACCAGACCCUGUCAUAAACCAGCCUUCCCAGCCAAAUUUAUCCGAUUUGUUGUAGUCAGGUGUGAAAAGAACAGCUUGGAGAAUGCUGAUCUUUUUGCAUCCUGACAUUCAGAGAGUUAAAUAUUAAGUUAAGUCUUGUCACCUCGUCUGAAAAGAAAUAAACCAUAAGUGAUUCCAUCACUUGUUCCUCUGGUCUUAGUUUCCAGCUCCAUUUCCACCUUGGUUUAAAUGUCCAGUUUGUGAACGUUGUGCCCCUACAGACACAUCCUCUGUUUUCCUCUUUAGUCAGGACUGGUCAGCUUGAAUAUUGUAAAUGGCCGUUAUGGGAGGGAUCCAGAGUUAGCCCCUUCCCUUUCAGACAGUGGCUCUCAACCAGUGGUCCACGGACUACCAGUGGUUCGCAAGAACUAAAAUACGGUCUGCCUUCUAAGCUUCCCUUCCUUUGCUUUCUUUUCUCUUGCCCUUCCUUCCCUUUUCUUCCUUCUUUCCUUCUAUCCUUGUCUUCUUGUCCCUUCCUUUGCGUUCUUUUCUCUUGCCCUUCAUUCCUUCCUUUUUCUCUUCCCUUCCCAUCCUGCCCUUUGCUGCCUUUUCUCUUCCUCUUCCAUCCUUUUUCUCUUCCCUCCCUUUUCUCCCCUUUGCCUUUUCUCUUGCCCUUCUUUCCUUUUUUCUUCCCUUCACUUCAUUUCCUUUUCCUUCUUUUCUCUUGCCCUUCCUUUUCUCUUCCCUUCCUUCCCUUCCUUUGUCUACUUUUCUCUUGCCCUUCCUUCCUUUUCUCUUCCCUUCCUUCCCUUUGCCUUUUCUCUUGUCUUCCUUCCUUUUUCUUUCUCUUCCCUUCCCUUCCUUUGCCUUCUUUUCUCUUGCCUUCUUUCCUUGCUUUUUCUUUCUCUUCCCUUCCCUUCCUUUGCCCAUCAUAUGUUAUGGACUUGAGUAGAGUACAAUAUAUGUCUCAUUUGAUGCCUCAAGAACUUGAAUGCAUACUGUAAUUGUUUUUCCUUAAUCUGUUUAUCCUAUUAUGGUUAUAUUAUUGAUGUACUCUGAUUGUUGUUUAUGUGAGUUUAAUAUGUUGUAAGCCGCUUUGGGUCCAGUGAGGGAGAAAAGCAGGAUAUAAAUAAAGAUUCAUCAUCAUCGUCA